GAAAGCGCAAGGAAAGUUCCCGCUGCCGGUCAUACUUGCGGCUUGCCUGCACAUCCUCCCGCCUGGGGAAAUCAACAAGCGCAUCCACGCAGCUUCCCGCCUUUUCCUUUACCUCUUGUGAAGCGUUGGUUGUUGUGGACCGGCGCUCUCUCACUUCUUCCCUUUGCUCUAACUUCUCUCAUCCCACCAUCGGCUUGCUGGAGCGCCCUCUCGCCUUUCUCCAUCCUAUGCCCCGCCGGUCCUAAGCGCCAGCGCUACACCUAGAUCCCGACGAUCCUCUCUACCAGCACCCUUGUCAUCUCUUCCCUCCAGGCGCUCACCGCGUCACCGACAGGAUCGCAGCAUCGCAGAAGCUCGCAACUACCAGCAAUUACUACAAUUGCAGCUGCAUUUUGUUUUUCUGCUCAAUAGAAGGAGAAAGCCAAGCUUUAGACAAGAUGUCGCUCUCCCCAGGUACUCGCGAUGAGUACAUUCCAAUUAUUGAUUCGAUUCUGUCAAAAAGUGAUCUAAAUACGAUCUCAGAGAAGCGCAUUCGCAAGGGUCUCCAGGAUGAAGUCGGCUAUGACCUUACCCCGCAGAAGGUUGCUGUCAAGCAGCUCAUCAUGGAACGAUUCGACAUCUUUGCCGAAAAGAAGGGCAUAGGUGCGGAAAAUGGCGAUGAACAGCAACCUGAUUCCGCGACGCCUGUGGAACCCUCCUCCCCCUCUCAAUCUUCGACUGCACAGAAACGCCAGGCAGAUAGCAUUGACUCUGAUGAUCGCUCGAGCAAAACUCCCCCGCCCAAGAAGCAGAAGCCGAAGCAUGAUGUCGACGCGGAUGCGCUUUAUGCCGCGAAGCUGCAAGCUGAGGAGAAUAUGCGAGCUCGCAGUACACGAGGCGCCGGCACGCGUAAAGCGCCACCGAGCAAGAAGAAGAAGACCACUACAAAGACGUCGAAGAAGGUUAAAGCAGAGGACGAUUCAGACAUCGGCUCUGGCUCGGAGGCUGGAAAGAAGGUGAACCGUUCAGGAGGAUUUCAUAAACCUCUCAAUCUUUCGCCAGCACUUUCGGCACUGCUUAGUGGUGAGACGAUGCUUUCGCGGCCUCAGGCUGUAAAGAAACUCUGGGCGUAUAUUCAUGAGAACGAACUUCAGGACCCAAGCGAUAAACGACAGAUUCGCUGUGAUGAUGCUAUGCGCGCUGUCUUUAAACAAGACCGUAUACACAUGUUCACGAUGACGAAGAUUCUCAGCCAAAACCUAUACAGUCCCGACGAAUAGCCGACCAAUUACUCUAGAAAAGAAUGCCUUGAAACCGCAUGGCUAUUCUAGCAGGCAAUCGCCAUAAAUCGCAUGAGCAUUGCGAUCUUUCACGAAUCUCUGCUUCUAUUCAUUACUCGGCAUUUUUGGCAACCAGGCGCUAAUUUCUCGGUUUUCUGCUCCAUCAAUCUCUUCGUAUUUUUUUUUUGUCAAGGCAUCCUUAUCGCAUCUUGCCAUUUCCCUCAUUUUUAGGCGGACCAACUUUCUUAUCCUUAUUUUUGAGAUUUUAUGUUUUUUUUUUUUUUUUU